AGGUAAGUAAGUAAGUCUGGCUAAGAUUUCAGAGGCCUGGUUGUUGAAGGCCCAUCUGCACUAAGGAUUCUAAUGGUAUUGCUUCUAACUUCAUUGAACUCUAAAGCUAAUUCAGAAUGGAGAAAGCCACUGUAAAUCUGCAAUGUGAAAAUUUACAGGUUAGAGCGUGAGUAUUUGGUGUGUCUGUUCUACAGUAAAAAAAAAAAAAAAACGCCCCAAGCAUUACAAUUAGUUUUCAUAAGAGGCAUUUAACACAAAGCAGAAGGGGAUCUACAGGGAUUACACAAUUGUGGCACUCAGCAUUAACAUGAUCCAUGAGGAAUUCUGCUUUUCCGGUAUUCCUUUCUGAGGAGUUUCAUUUUCUAUGUAUCGAAAGUGUGCAGCCUUUUAAUAGCAGGGUGGGACCUUCUUAAGCGUGAGACACAAAGUCUGUGUUCACAUUACAGAACUGGGGAAGAAAAGAAAGCAGAAAGAGCGAGACUGUUGACCUGCAUGCUUCAACUGGUACUUUAAGAGGAAAAGAAACGUACCUGUGACGGCAUUAAAAGCUGACAGCUGUAAAGCCCAAGAUCCACCGGCACAUCCAAACAACACUGACAAGAACCUGUCUACCUUCACCUUUGAGGAAACAGCAAGUGUGCAAAGAAGAGAUGGCCUUGGACAUUCCUUCCAUCACUCCUGAGCUUGACCGGUUGAUCAGGCAGCGGGGCAGAGACCUACGCCUGCGGCAGGUUGAUAAGCAGCAGGCUGCGAGGCUGGUCAACAAACUGAAAACUGACUUACUGAAGUUUUUGAAGGACAACCAAGAGCAGCCUUUCUUUAGAGACGUCAGCCCCAUCACUACAGGCAGCUAUUUUGAAUUAGUAAAGAUCAUUAAACCCAAUGAGUUUGACAUCAUGCUGAAGCUUCAAACCAGCUCACGUCUUACAUGGAAGGCACUGGAGAAAUACAACGGAGCCUUCUACACAGUUUCCCUCCAACGCCCUGCACGAAGCGAGAUACGCCAUUUUCUUCUAGAAGAUGAGCGUACCAUCUCAUCCUCCAAAAUAAUGAAGGAGAUGCACAAUCUGGUCCAAAGAUUCAUCAAAUCCUAUCAAGUGCCUGCUGGUGAAGGUCGCUGGGUGGUGCACAGGAGGCAGAUAAAUUCACCAGCUGUAACAUUGGGGUUAGUGAAUGAGGACGAUGGAACAGAAAUAAUGUCUGUAGAUAUCGUUCCUGCUCUAGAGGUGCCACAAGGUUGGCCAGAGGCUGCACGAGCUGGACCAGAUGUGGAUAAAUGGCUUGGAAAGAACACUCGCCGCAAAUUUGUUGCUCAGCCUGUUUAUUUUGUCCCAAAGAGACCAAAACAGCGCAACCUCAGUGACGUUGAAAAAGAGAGCUGGAGAAUAUCUUUCUCUCAUAUUGAAAAAGAAAUGCUCAGGUUUCAUGGCAACCGGAGGACAUGCUGUGAGAGGAAUGAAAUUAGAUGCUGCCGAAAAGAGUGCUUGCGGCUCCUCAAGUGCCUGUUUGAGGGCCUGAAGGAAAGAUACAAACUCGAACAUCUUUGCUCCUAUCAUGGGAAAACUGCCUUCUUCCACAAUCUCUCUGUGAGGUGUGAAGACUCGCUGUGGACUCCAGGGCAGCUGUCUCACUGCUUCAUGAGACUGUUGUGCGACUUUGAGAAUUCUGCAAACAAGGCAUUACUUCCUCACUUUUUCGUUCGUAACUACAACCUAUUCUCUCCAUCCGUCUUUCCCAAGCGCUCCCUCAUGGUUUUGACCAGCGCUCUUAAGGAACAAAGGGAGGAAGGUUUUCCUCUUCUGCAGGUACGAAGGCCUCCAGCCAUUGGCUAUAAUCCUGCCCCUCCAGCACAGCCCCAGGAGGUCCCUGAAGAACCCAACACUGUUACCCCCAAAAACGACACUGUGACCUCUCAGCACAGCUCUUUCACCUUCACUUAUGUGACUGUUGCUUGCAUUAUGCUAUUUAUGGCUGUAGGAUGUGCACUUUAUGUAAAAAUAUGAAUGUAAAAUAUGUCUGUAAAAUAUGCUGAUUCUCUGUGUGAAUAGUUAUUUUUUAUGUUAUUUUAACUGGUGUUUAAUUUGUUGUAGAUUUAUGAACAAUAUUACUUCCUGAUGUGUUUAAAAUGUCUUUUCUUUUCUAAAUAAAA